CCACUGCUUUCGCUCCAGCUUUGAGGAGAAGUUAGUAGUGCGAACAUCUGUGACUGUGAUAUGGCUGUGACAUAACCAGCAGUGUCCGUUUCGAUUUUGUUGUUCAUUAUCGUUUGCUACCUCGUAAUAAGUAUUUUUCGUUGUGAGUGGAAUGCGACAGACUAUUGCUUGUGUUGAUCGUCUGCUACAGUGACAGAAGUGAUUGUACGCGUUGCUGUUGCCGUCUAGUCAUCUUCGUCGUUUUCCGCUUUGUUGUGCCCUAGGGCACGGUGCACUUGGAUUAUAAGUGUGAAUUAAUUCUUCUGUGGCAUAAAAGGGAUUAGUUCACGGUGACCAGCUGAACAUGGAGGAUUCAACAGGCUAUAAACCGCACUAUCGCACCUUGGACGAUGAAAGGCUCUCCGCAGAUCAAAUGGAUGAGCAGAGGAAAAGGAAUAUUGCAUAUGAAUACCUCUGUCAUCUUGAGGAGGCCAAAAUAUGGAUCCAGGCAUGCAUCAAUGAAGACCUGCCACCCACCACAGAGCUGGAGGAGGGGCUACGCAAUGGUGUCUUCUUGGCUAAACUGGGGCAUUUCUUUGCCCAAUCUGUUGUGCCAAUUAAGCGCAUUUAUGACAAGGACCAAACUCGGUACCAUGCCAAAGGGUUACACUUCAGACACACAGACAACAUAAACCAUUGGUUAAGAGCCAUGGCAGAAGUGGGAUUGCCAAAGAUUUUCUAUCCAGAAACAACCGAUAUCUACGACAAGAAAAACAUGCCCAGAGCUGUGUACUGUGUUCAUGCUCUGAGCCUUUAUCUCUUCAAACUGGGCCUGGCUCCACAGAUUCAAGACCUGUAUGGAAAAAUCAAUUUCACAGAGGAAGAAAUCAGUGCCAUGAGAAAAGAGCUGGACAAGUACGGCAUACAGAUGCCGGCCUUCAGCAAGAUUGGUGGCAUCCUAGCCAAUGAAAUGACUGUGGAUGAUGCUGCAUUGCAUGCAGCUAUAAUUGCCAUCAAUGAAGCCAUUGAUCAGAAAGUGGCUGCAGACACAUUUGCUGCACUGCAGAACCCUGCUGCUGCUCUGGUCAAUCUCCAGGGUGUUGCUAUAGAAGAGUAUCAAGACAUGCUUUUCUCAGCAAAACAGAUCAAGGCAGAAAAUGCACGAAACAAGAUGGAACACAGGAAAAAUGCAGCAGUUAAUCUGCAGAGUCCAUCUGCCGUCCUCAUUGGUUCACAUGAGAUGUCUCAAAUCAGUUGUGGAAGCAUCAACAUGACUGGUGUGAGAUUGAGCCUGCGCAGGCUUUCUAGUAUUGAUCCUGAUCGAACCUAUGACCAUGAUGUGUAUGAUGAGCUGCUGACACAGGCAGAAAUACAGGGCAAUGUCAACAGAGUCAACACUUCACAUGCACUGAAGCAGGUCAAUGACGCUCUGCUAAAGGUCGACUUUGAACUACUGCUGGCAGCUCUCCGAUCUUCUUAUUUGGGACUAAAGAACAUAACAGAUGAAAAUGUGGAGUACUAUUCUGUUAAGCUAAAUGAGGCAAGAGAGAUAAAGAAGAACAAUAACAAUGGGGAGGAGGUUGUAUUGGACAAAGAAGAACUCCAACAAGUCAUAAACCAAGCUAACCUUGAGGCCAGUGCAGAAUAUAAAAAGGCUCAAGCUGUGAAAAGUGUUAAUGAAGCUAUAGACAGGGGAGACCAUGCUUUGUUGCUGAGAGCUCUUCAGGACCCAUCAGCACAGUUAUCACAGGUGUAUGAGUUUGCUGGGCCACUCUAUCAAGAGGAACUUGUCAAUAUUAAAGCUGAAAAACAGAAUGAUCUGGACUAUGAAGAAAUUGCAGCAGCUCUGACAGUGCUUAAUGCAGUGGCUGCCAUAAAUAAAGCAGUAGAUGCAGGAGAUUCACAGACGACCUUCAACUGUCUUUGUCAUCCUGAUGCACAUCUGCCUGAGGUUGAUGAACACAUCACAGACAGCUACCAGAAUGCACUUGCCAUUUGUAAACUUGCUAAAGACCAGCAAGUCAACCCCUUGCUCACUCACAGUGACAUUGUGGUGACCAUAGAGGCUGUGCACCAAAAAGUGCAAGAGGAACAUGAACGAAUCCAAGCCAUAGAAGCUAUUAAUGAAGCAAUCAAUAAGGGGGAUGAAAAUGAGACACUGGCAGCACUACAGCUUCCAGCAGCUAAGCUGAGCAACAUUCAGCCUGCCCAGGCUCUUCACUAUCAGAUUUUGCUGGCCCGGGCCAAGGAUAGCAAAGCAGAAACAACAAAAGACGAAGCAGCUGUUUUGUGGUUAGAAGAAAUUCAGGCAGCUGUUGACAAGGGGAAUAGUAAUGCAGAAGAAGGACUGGCAUUAUCUAGGGGUGUACAAGCCAUCAAUGAAGCUCUUGAAAAAGAGGAUGCUGAGGCUUUGAUUAGCUCUCUUUUAUCAACCGCUGCUAUACACAACAUUAAGAGUGAGUGUGGGGAGACUUACUUGCAGAAACUCACCGAGCUUCGGACAGAAAAGGCCAGAGCAGGAGAGACAGGAAGUGGCUGGAUGAUGAAUCGUGUCCGUGAUGGCUCAAAGUUUUACUACAACACCAAAACACAGGAGUACACAUGGGCUCGUAGAGAGGACAUUGUCAAGGAUUUCUCCAUUCUUACCAAAGAGGAAGUUCAAGGUGUUGUGUCAGAGGUGACAGCAGAACACAACCGCCAGAUGCUGUUUAAGGCCAAUGAGCAGGGAAUAAUUCUGGGACAAGCAAGAGUACGUGGCUAUUUGGCACGCAAAAAAUACCAAGAUCGCAAGGCUUAUCUGGCUGAACAAACACCUGCUGUCACUCGUUUACAGGCUAGCUGGCGUGGGUACAAGCAGCGGCAAGCAUACAAAGACAGGCUGAGCUACCUCAGAGAUAAUGCCAACGCAGUUCUUAAGCUGCAGUCCUACGUAAGAAUGUGGAGGGCGAAAAAGCGUUACAAUGAACGAAAACAAUUCUUCAAAGAGCAUGAGGAUUCUAUUGUCAAGAUCCAGGCAUUCUUCCGUUCAAACCUGGCACGCCAGGACUACAGAGCACUAAUGUAUGAUGAGAACCCAUCACUAGCCGUAGUGCGCAAAUUUGUUCAUCUCCUGGAUGCCAGUGACAACGACUAUGCAGAAGAACUGGAGCUCCAGAAGCUUCGACAGCAGGUGGUUGCUGAAAUCCGCUCAAACCAGCAACUGGAGCAAGAUCUGGAUCAGAUGGACAUCAAGAUUGGCCUGCUUAUUAAAAACAGAAUCACUUUGCAGGAUGUCGUCACCCACAAUCGCAAGCUAACCAAGCGGACAGAUGAAGCAAGUGCACUGAAGGGCUUGAAAGCAUUGAGCAAAGAAAGCCAUGAGAGACUUGAAACCUAUCAGCAUCUGUUUUAUCUCCUGCAAACUAACCCUACCUACCUGGCCAAACUCAUCUUCGAGAUGCCACAGAGCAAGACAACCAAAUUUAUGGAAGCAGUCAUCUUCUCCUUGUUCAACUACGGUGCUAACCAAAGAGAAGAAUAUUUGCUUCUCAAGCUUUUCAGAACUGCACUGGAAGAAGAGAUUCAUCGAACAUCUAAAGUGGACAAGAUGACCGACAUAGUGACUGGAAACCCUCUGGUCGUCAAAAUGAUUGUUGCAUAUAACAGGAAUCAGCGUGGACAGAAUGCUCUGCGGGAGAUGCUGAAUCCUUUGAUCACAACAGUCAUUGAGGACCGAGGUCUUCGGAUCAACACCAAUCCUGUGGAAGUCUACAAGGCCUGGGUCAACCAGAUGGAGUCCAGCACAGGCAAAACCAGUGAACUGCCCUAUGAUGUAUCAACCGAGCAGGCUCUGGAACACCCAGAAGUGCGGGAGAAAAUUGAUGAAUCUAUUCAGCAGCUACAAGCUCUCACAGAUCAGUUCUUGAAUAAGAUUCUGGCUUCCCUUGAGAGCAUCCCGUAUGGCAUGCGCUACAUGGCCAGAGUCAUGCGGGAGGCUCUGGUGAAGAAGUUUCCUGAUGCACCAGAAAAAGAAGUCUUGAAGAUUGUUGGAAACCUGCUGUAUUAUCGCUACAUCAACUCUGCCAUUGUGGCACCUGAUGCAUUUGACAUUGUCAAUGUUGGAGUUGAGAAAGCACUGUCUCCAGAUCAAAGGCGAAACCUCGGCUCAAUUGCCAAAAUUCUGCAGUUUGCAGCUUCAAACAAAGGGUUUGGAGGUGAGAGUGCCUACCUUGCUGGAAUGAAUGAUUACAUCAGACAGGCUCACGAGAAGUUCAAGAAAUACUGCUUGGCUGCAUGUGACGUGGAAGAGCCAGAAGUCAAAUUUAACAUUGACCGGUACAGCGAUGUGGUCACAAUCACAAAGCCUGUCAUUUAUGUCUCUGUGAAGGAAAUAGUGGACACACAUUCACUGUUGCUGCAGCACCAGGAGAGGAUUGCAUCAGACCAUGAUGACCCCCUGCAUGAGCUGCUGGAAGAUCUUGGGGACGUACCCACCAUUGAUGAGCUGCUGGGCACUGAACUGACAAGAGAUGAGGCAACCAAUGAGGCACUCCGUGCUCAGCUCUCCAAAACUGAAAUUUCACUAACCCUCUCCAGCAAAUUUGAAAUGCAUGCCACUGAUGAUAAGGCUGACUUGAAGUCCCUCCUCAUAAGAACAAAAAGGAUGAUAGUUGAUGUAGUGGUUUGUCAACCGGGUGAUAAACUGACAGACAUUCUUGACAAACCAUCCACCUCAACACAGGAGGAACGCCACCAGGCAAUGGUCAAGAAACGGGACCUGCUAGACAAGAAGCUGACACAGCACGAAAAGUCGGCCAAAAUUGUUCGCCAUGCCUCCAUCACGGCUGACACAAGAUUGCCAUUGGAAACGAUGAAAACAAAGAUAAGGAGCAACCUGCAGACACUGGAACUUGCCGGCAUGGUAACUCGUAAAGAUCACUACCAGGAUCUUAUCAAUUCCAUUGUGCAGGAUAUCCGUAACCAACGGCGAUAUCGCAACAGCAGGAAGCAGGAGCUUCUGCGGCUACGCAACACCUUUAACAGCCUGAAUGAGAAGCGGGCAUUCUACGAGUCCCAGAUUGACUACUACAACCAGUAUGUCAAAACUUGUCUCGAGAACCUGCAGGACAAAAGCAAAAAGCCUAAGAGAGGAGGCCUGUUCAAGAGGGGACAAGAGAAACAAAACACUCGCAAGACUGUCACCUAUAACGCUGCCCAACUGCAUGAGAGAGGUGUCAUUCUGGAGAUUGAAAGUUUGCCUCAGAACCAGUUUAAGAACACAUUGUUUGAGAUAGCAACCACAGAAGACCCUGGAGUAUUUGAGGUAAAUGCCAAAUUUAUGGGAGUCAACAUGGACAAGGUUGAGCUAGUUUUUCAGGAUCUCCUGCAGUUACAAUAUGAAGGUGUUGCUGUUAUGAAGAUGUUUAACCGGGCCAAAGUCAACGUCAACCUCCUUAUCUUCCUUCUAAACAGAAAAUUCUAUGGAAAGCACUUAGCCAAGUGAUCAUACUUUGCUGUGACUGUUGCCACUUUGUUCCUGGUCACCCCAGACCUAUUUACUCAGACUGAAGUCACUGUAAAAUUUGGUCCACAUGAUGUCUGGCAGAACAUCUGUGUUGCAUCCUGUGCUUUGAGAGGGACCCUGGAACAUGCAGUCCGGCACAAUAUCCCUUCUCUCUCUCUCUGAUGACAAAUGGUUUGUACUGGUGAAAGCAGAUCUGCAUUAUAGAGGUUUUGAAAGCAUACUUUUCUGUGUGAAAUUGUUGGCAUAGUAACUAACUGCAUGACUUUAUUGCUAGGCACCUUGAGACACCUCGUUUUCAAUUUUUACUUGAAACGGUUUACUGGCUUUUGGUAAAACACCAGAUGUCUGCUGUAAGUUAUCUGUGCAAAAUAUACCACUUGAUUCUGCAAUACCAAGUGAAUCAAGCAACCCUUUGUGCCAUUUACUUUCUUUUUUUUAAACUUUUUGAUAGAAAGCUUAUAGUGCUGGGAAAAUUAUAGUGAGUUUUUUUUUAUUAUUAUUAUUCUUUCCCUUUUUGGCGGGGUGACUUUAAACGAGCUUGUUGAUACACUGUCCAAACAGUUCCAGGAUAUACAACUUAACAUAUUAAUGGCAUAAAAUUAUAAAGUAAUGAUAAAAAUAAGUAUAACUAUAAAGAAAACAUGUUUUGGAUAUGUCUAGCUGUACAAGAAAUAAACUCCUAUUGAUGCCUUUCUGUAUGCUGGAAUUCAUGAAGAAUGAAACCCUUUGUAUGUGGCAUUCUCAAGUGAAUGCACUUACGUUUGAGGGAAAAACUGAGGCCUCUUUGAAGCCCUACCUUUCUGGUCAUAAUAGGGUUCAGUUUCCUUCUGUCUGUUUCAAAUGAUGUUAGUAAUAAAAUCAUCCUGCAUACAUAAAACUUUUUUUUCAAUGUUUGCUGUUAGUUUUCAAUUCAAGGAGGAGACUGUAAAGUAUUGUGUAGUAUUUCAUAGACAAUAGUUUCAGGAUGUAUAUUGUUUACUAGUCUUCAUUUGAGUGUGUAUAAAUUGCAACCCUUAUGAUGUAGAUAAUGGUACAUUUAAAGUUGUGCAGCUGCAGUACAUAAAUAUUGCUGUUAUUUUCAGCUUCCUAUUUUUUUUCUGCGCAAUGAGCAUUCUUUGGAAUGGAUACCUGCGCAUUACAAAUCGACUUAUUAUUAUUUCAAAUAUUACAAAAUGAUAUGAUCAUACGUGCAGAAAGACUGCAGUAAAGCAUACCUUGUAUAUUUUAUAUUACAUACUGAGUAGAUAGUGAAUUUAAAAUUUCAAAGAGUUUGAUUUCCUCGUAUAGAAUUGAUAAUGACAAUUAUGACUUCAAAAUUCUUGCAUAGAUGAAGCUUCAGUCUCAUUAUUUAUACUUUUCACAUUUUUCCCUUUGACAGAAUAUUUUGUUGUUUGAUAUAAAUAUUUUGGUGUAAGGUCACCGUUAAAGCUUUCCUUGCCUCAGAAAAGAAAAGCUUGUUGAAUAAAUGUUUGUGCUUGAGCUCUUGCCAACUUCCGUAGUGUUUACACUUUAGAUGAAAAUUUGUCACAGUAGAGUAGGUGUGUGGUACACAUUUUUUAGAGUACAGGUCAAGCAUGUCUUUUGCCAAAAAAAAAAAACCCCAACAAAAUUGAUGUAAAUUCUUUAACAAUUUUAGAGGUAGGACAAGGCAUUUGCUUGAUAAUCAGGGCCUGAAAGGGUAAAGAGUGAUCUGUGGUGCUUUUGAUCAGCUUGGGAGUAACAUGUUGUGCAAGGGACAUAAUCUCUCCGAGCCCUGAUAAAACAUUACUUCUCUUUUCCUCUUGAACAUACUUUCAUAUACAUGUGUAUGUGCAUGAAUAGACUUGGACUUCUGAUAAACAAACUUUAAUGUUUACAGAGGUUAGUUCACAAGUUUCAAAUGCCUUUAUCUGUCCUACUGCACGUGGUGUUCUGUCACAUUGAAGUUGCUGCAUGUGGUUGCUGAAUGAAUUGUAACGGUGCUGUAUUGAUAAGCAUCUACUCAUGGGGUCCUGUCAAAAUAGUAUACAGUGUGUUUAUUGUGUGUAUUUUCAUGCGUCAUCACUGUCACUAUGCAGCUCUGUUAUAUUGAGUGGUGUCAUCUCAUCUUCUUAAGCAUUGCUUUUGUUCCCAUCUUUCACUGUCACUUUAUUUUUAAAACCUAAUUUUUAACUGAUCAAAAGGUUUAAAAAUCCCAUAAUGGUAAUCUGUUUAUUUGUGUUGCAAUCAGGAAAAAGAUUUUACAGCAUUAGGGUGAAGGAUGUAACUUAAGUUGUACAAUUAUUUAUAUUAACAUUUGAGAUUUUGUUGCUUCCUUUUUUAUUUAAUUGAAGAUUGUUUCUGUCUGCAGUACACUGUCAGACCUUCAAAGUAUUGGGCAUGAAUGUUUGAUUAAGCUCCCAUUAAAGCUGCUUUCAGGAAAUCAUUCUGUUCUGAUCCUACUUACACUGGAUUAUAUGUUGGCUGCAUCAAAAUAAACUAAUAAUCUUCUUACAUUUUGCAUGCCACUUGGCUAAACAUUUAAAGGGAUCUGUCUGUUUAAAAUAUUCCAAUUUUAUAUUUUUUCUGCUAUAAGGUCUUUUGAUGGGCAGGUGUAUGUUACAUAAGUAAGUUUGCAAUUUUCUAUAUUACCUUUUGAAUAAAAGUGCAGGUCAUUUGUUUUUUCCUUUUUGAUCUAUGGAAAAUUAAGAUAUAUAUGAAAACUGGCAGUCUUCAAGAAAACCCAGAAAAUAUUUAUUUAGCUAUAGUGCAACAGGUAAAAUUUCCCUGGAGGAUGACGUUAAAAUUUGUAAACAGCAUUUAUGCAUAAUAUUUUAAGUUAAAUACUGCUCAAAACUCAGAAGCCCAGUCAGUGUUAAAAAUACUUUAAGAUGAGAGAGGUGCAUGUCUAUGGGAUAAAGGUUUAUACAAAGUGCAUAUCAUAGCAUCUCUUCUCUUCCCCCAACCCUGCUAUGAUGUUUGUUGGUAAGGCUUAGUAAAAUGGGGCUUUUUGAAAGCCUGAUUCCUAAAUGCAUGGAAAAACUGAAUGCAAGCACAAAUGUGCAUAUGAGUGGUUAUUACUAAAACCUUUUUUAAAAGUUUGGAUGCAUGCAGUUGUGAUCUAUAGAGGCAUGUUAAUUUGAUAGCACCCCAUGCUGUGUAGAAAUCUUCAUGCUCUGUUGAACAAGAUGGCAGAGGACAUGAUAAUUGUAGAGAAGCAGUUCUGGUCAACGGUCCAGAUCAACAAGUAUGCAGUGAAAGACCAUCGUGGCAUGCUUCUCUGGCCAUAGACUUUUGGCUUUUAUCCACCUCUUCUGUUGUACUAUGCACAAUCGCCUCUUUUUUCACAAUUGCUGAUUUAAGAAUGUUAUCAUGCUUCAUUUAUGUAUAUGAUGAUUUGGUGUUACUAGAUUUUUAUACAAGGUUUUAUGAACAAGUUUUGAGAGUUAUUUUAAAAAAUUGAAAGAUAUUUUGCCCAACUUUGUUAAUUCUGUAUAGAUUAAGAGAUGAUAUUAUGUAAACAUUGCAAAUGACUACUUUUGAAUUUAGAACCAGUUUGAAGAUGCUGGAAAUUUAAGAAAUUCUUUUAUCCUAAAGUGGUCCAAUUGUCUUUUAUCAGGACAAAUAAAAUAGGCAACCCAUGCUUGAA